AUGGCGAAAUGGUAUGAUGGAGCUAGCAAUAUGCAAGGUAAGUUUGGUGGUUUGGGAACUUUAAUCCAAAAUGAAAAUUCAUCUGCUUAUUAUGUACAUUGUUUCGCCCAUCAACUUCAAUUGGCAAUUGUUGCAUGUGCUAAGAUUCACAAAGAUGUUAGUGGUUUUUCCGGGGGCCAAAUAGAGACUGGUAGUGGAUUAAAUCGAGAAUUAUAUAUUGCUAGAGCGGGUGACACUCGUUGGGGUUCCCACUCUAUAACUCUCACUAGUUUGAUGACUUUGUAUGGUGUCAUUAUUGGGAUUUUAGGAUUUAUAAAUAAUUUAAGUGCAAUGCUACAAAAACGUGAUCAAGAUCUUUUGAAUGCUUUGUUACUUGUCAAUGCUAUCAAACAAGAAUUACAAGAAAUAAGGAAUGAUGGAUGGGAAGAACUUAUAUCUAAGGUUAUGAAAAUUUGCAAUAAGCAUGAUAUUGAUGUGCCUGAUAUGGAUGCACCAUAUGUGCAAGGGAAGAAACCUAGACGACAUGUUAUAAUUUCUAGUGUUUCUAAUUUGCAUCAUUAUAAGCAUGAUUGUUUGUUUAGUUUUUUAGAUUUGCAGUUGCAUGAGCUCAAUGUUAGGUUUGUAGAUGUGCCGGAAGUGAUGGUGUGA